AUGACGCACAGGGUGUACACGCACAGCGCGCUGGGGUUGGGGCAGGAGAGCGCGAUGGAGGCGCACGAGAUGGCGAUGCGGGGUGCUGGGGGGCGGAGGAGGGAGGGUCGCACAGCUGUGCGGUCGCGAGGAGUAUUCGGAUUCGGAGUAUUCGGCGGCGGCGGCGCGGGGGAUCCGUGCGCGCCGCGAGGGAAGAAAGACGGCGGCGACGGGAACUUCACCGCGUGCAGGGAGGCCGCGCGUCGACUGCUGGGCGUGCACGACGCGUGUCCGCACGCGUCGUGCGGCGUGGGACGACACCCGCGGCCGUUUCAGCCGACGCUUCGCGGGCGGUUCAUCGCGACGGAAAAUUUUCAUCACACCGCGCGCUUCUUGGGGCUCCCGGAGAAGGCGUCCGUCGCGGACGUCGCGAGCGCGGGCGAGGAGAUCUGCGCCGCGGACUGGGACACGCUCGUGCGGACGCGAUCGUCCGGUAAGGACGGCGAGGACGAGCUGCGGAAGUACUGUUUCAGCGCGGCGUUCAUCGCCGCCGCGCUCGGGGACGCGGUGGGACUGCGCGAGGAGACGAAGAUCGCGUUCAGGCGCGUUCUCCUCGCGCUGGACUUUCUCUCCCGUCGUUUCUCUCCGCCCAGGGUCCCUCGCUUUCAAUCACCGACCGCGUUGCCUUUCAAUCCCAAAUCUGACGCCUUUGAACUCCACCCCGACGUCGCUUCGUAUGGAACGGCUCUCAGCAACGCCGUCGGCGGGGUGGACGUGGACUGGGCCCUCGGCGCGGCGGUGUCGUUCGCCGCGCGGAGCGGCGGGCCGUGGGACGAGCGCGUGAUGAUGGAUGGUAACGGCGGCGGUGCGAGCGUUUUGGUGUUCGUAACGGUCGCGGUGGCGGCGUUGGUCGCCGCGGCCGUCGCGGCGGCGCGGCGGACGCGCGCGGGGCGGCUCGCGGAGUUGAGAAUGCGAAGGCUCUUCGGGUGGCCGUCCAAGGGCGCGCUGACGCUCGAUCGGCGCAGCGGCAGCUUCGGGAGCGGGAAGCUCGACGCGAUAGAGAAAGGGAGUUAA